AUGGCGCGGCUCGUGCUCCAAGUCCCCCUGACGCUCGGGUCGUUUGUGGCGCUGCCGUUCUCGCUGCACGCAUUCAUCCACGCAAUGCUGUCGCUGAGUGCGCUGGUGCCGAUCCUCUGGGGGCUCUACCUCGCGGCGCCGUGGCGACUGCCGUCGCUGCCGACUGUCGGGAACCCGGCUGCUCGCACCAUUGUGCUUUUUCUGGCCGGCAACUUGACGUACAUGGUCGUCGAGUUUGUCGUGGGGUACUACACCAACUCGCUCGGCCUCUGGAGCGACGCGGGCCACAUGCUUUUCGACAACAUUUCGCUUGUGAUGGGUCUGUUUGCGGCCACGGCGUCGAGCUGGCCAGUCAGUGGCCGCUUUGGCUUUGGCUAUGGCCGCGUCGAGGUGCUCUCGGGCUUCCUGAAUAGCAUCUUGCUCUUGCUCAUGGCCGGCCACUUUAUGCACGAAGCGAUCACGCGCCUGACGGCGCCGCCGGACAUUCACACCGAUCACUUGCUACUGACCUCGAUUGGCGGUCUGGCCAUGAAUGUCGUCGGGCUCGUCUGGUUUCACGACCUCGCGCACGGCCACAGCCACAGCCACGGCGACGCUUGCAACUCGAACCUCGUCGGCGUCUACCUGCAUGUCCUCGCCGACACACUCGGCAGCCUCGGCGUCAUUGUCUCAUCCGUUUGCAUCGACGCGUUUGGCUGGCUCUUUAUGGACCCGCUCUGCUCGGGCCUCAUCUCGAUUUUGGUCGUCGGCAGUACGCUCCCGCUGCUCAAGGCGACCGCGAUCGAACUCCUCCAAGGCGUUCCCGCCGAGACGGCAGCUCAACUGGCGCGUGCGACGCGCGAUGUCGAGAUGCUGCCGGGUGUUGCGUGGGUCGAGCCAGCCCGCGCCUGGCGCCACGGACAGAAGGGCUUCAUGCUCACCAUGCAAGUGGGCUGCGUCGACCAUGUGGACCAAGGACUGCUGCUGGAAGCUGUGCACGCGGCGCUUGGAAGCGGUGUCUCGGACGUGGCCGAGGUGGUUGUGCAACUGGUGAUGUGCAUGUGCUGCCACGACCACGACCAUGAGCAUGAUCACAACCACCACUGA